AUGGUUGGAGUCUCGGGGUUCCGGCCGGACGACUAUCUUGUCUUCUUUGCUUGGGCUGUGUACACGACGGUAUCGACUAUGGCGACCAUGUUCGUGUUGGUCGCCCAAGGAAAACAUACUUCACUCUUGACACCUGAGCAGCGGGAGAUGAUGCCAGAAUCCGAAUUUUACCUAUGGGAAUAUGGGUCGAAGAACUUCGUAGUGGGGAUGUGUUGCUAUGCGACGAUCGUUUGGACCCUAAAGUUCAACAUGUUGUUCUUCUACCGACGGCUAGUCGAAGGACAGUGGGUAGAAAAGUUCAUCUUCCCCGUCAUGGGCCUGGUUGGAGCGACUGCGAUCGCGAUGGUACUCAUCAUCUUCUUGACCUGCCGACCAAUAACCCUUAUGUGGCAAAUACGACCAGACCCUGGAGAAAAUUGCGUCCCGCAGAAUAAGGUCUACUUCUACAGCAUCCUAGCUUUCAACCUGACGACCGACAUGUGUAUUAUCCUCAUUCCUAUACCAGUAAUCAGUCUCGUUCGUGCUUCGAUAUGGCGUAGACUCGGCGUAUAUUUCUUGUUCAGUCUCGGAGUUUUCGUUAUGACUGCUGCUAUCAUCCGCGUAAUUCUGAUCUUUCACCCUACCGGACAGUUCGGGCCUGGCGCUAUGUGGUCAAUCCGAGAAGACUUCGUGGCCAUCUUUGUUGGUCAAGCACCAAUGGUCGUCCCAAUCUUCAAGAAGAGAUUUUGGCAACAGACGAGAAUCCGGUGGACGCCAAAGUCUAGUCAAGGGUCCGAAGGGAAUGAGCUGAGCAGCGGGAUGUCGAAUCAAAAGAAGCCGGACCCAUACAGUUUAACGCAGAUGGGUUUCACACAUAUAACGAACAUAACGAAUAUAACUCGAGGUACUCGUACCGAGGUUACAGUGGUCGGGAAGGACAGUCAAGAGAGACUGGCAGUAGGCGCCGAGCAAGUGGCGGGGGAGGGUAGUACGUCGCACGGUGAUCGAUCGGAUGUGGAAGCAGGCAAUAGUCGCUCGUCGAAUAUGGACAUGGCAAGCCGCAGUCUCGAGAUUGCGCGUGGCCCGGACCCAGCAACUUGGCGGAGGGAUACCAUUACGAGUAUCAUUGAGAUUUCAAAUGUCUAUAGAGAUUUGUAG